GCUAAAUCUCUGCAGGUUAUUUUUAGAUUGUCCAAGGAUAACAACAAAAGCGACAGCUUGAUUCACUAGAGGCAUCUAAUUGAAGUAAGUCACUUUUGCCAUGUGGGACAGUGCAGUGUAGCAGAGCAGCCGGUCUGUUAGAGACUCAAUAGGUCAGCUGAGUGUUGUCUGUGCUCACCCCAUUCACUUUCAUCUGUUGUACCAAGACCUGCUGCACCAAGAAGCUCCCUGCACAGCUCUAUCAUGUCUCUACGGCUUCUGCCUGCUAUCAUUAUGGACAAUGACGAGGACGAUGAUAGUAACUUCACAAAAUGGAUGAGUAGUUACUGGGGUCACGGACCAGACGCUGUACAUUCCAGAGAAAGAAAACGCAGUUUCAGAAGGCCUUCAAAAACACAAGUUGAUAGACGAGCAUCACUCCCAACUGCGUCACAGUUAGAUGUCAUGAAGUUAAACAGGUUUCAUGCGGCUACAAUGGCGCCCACUCCCAGCCACGUCAAAUCAAGAGAGGAUAAGGGGGAAACCAGGGUCCACCAGAGGCCUCGCCGUGCCUCUGCAGAUGACAACAACCGUGCCAAGACUGCAAUCGCAGAGAAUCGCAUCACCACCAUCCCAGAGCUCACAGAGACACUUGAGAAGAGGCUCUUUCUAAAUGAUAAGAAGACCACGUCUCUGAAGAAGGAUGAUACGUUGUGCCUGAUCUGUCAUGAGGACAUGCGUAAGAAUGGGAGGGGAGUGCCACAUUGUACACACCGCUUUCAUAAAGAGGCAGCUCGGAGGUUAGAGCAGUGUCGGCCCCGAAGCAGCAGUGAAGCAGCUGUUUUACAGGGGAGGAAGCUCUAUGAGGAGAGGAGGAGGUCUGCAGAUGGACAGAUUUCCACGGAGAAGGAGCAGCACACACUCCAUCGUCAACAUUCCCUGAGGAGACAUCGCUGAUAUUGUUUUCAAGAAGGGGAAAAUGCAUGAUUUGCAGUCAAAACAUCAGGAUUUCUUCUGAACCUUUACUAUGAUGUGACGCUGAAAAAUCAGGGCCUCAAAUUCACUCUGGGCCAGAGUUUUAGGUCACUUUUGGAAUAAUUGCAACUCCUUCUCUUCAGUGUGCAAACACAGAGUUAAAAAUGUUUGAAAAGGGUUAGAGUUAGAAAAAAAAAAUUGAGACCGAGUUUAAAGGUUUGAACUCAAAGUUUAAAACCUCAGUAUGACAAACUGUACUGUACCAUGACUAUGUAAUCAGGGGUGUUGCUAAAGUGUUGGCUUGGGGCCUGAAAUUUAUUAGGUCCACCCGGUGCCCCAGCUAAAUCUGUAUUAUAUAAAUGCAAACAUGAGUGAAAAUAACAGGGGCGUGUAAGGAGUCCAGUUACAUUUUUGCUGUAAAAAACAUUGUGGUACUCCUAAAUACAUUAUUGUAAAUAUAACUAUAUAAUGUUAUAUAAUAUGAUAAUGCACACUAAAAGCUCUUCUGCUCAGUUAUGGAUGGAUGACUCCCCCAUUACAUGCCUCACAGUGGUUUGAUCCACUGCUUGUUUCCUGACUGCAUUCUGCAAAUUUUGGCAUUGAUUCAAUACCAACUAAAUACAGGGCCAGUAUUACUGAUACCAUUUAACCAAUGAAAGCAGCUUAUGUAUUGAAGAUGAGAUGAAGUAUCAUCAAUAUGCAAAGUCUGAACACAUUUUAAUGAAAUUACAACUGACACAAAAAACAAACUUUUCAGCUGUGUGCCUGUUUCUAAAGCACUUUGGAUCAGUUUAUGUUGGAUCAGUUUAUGUUGUUUAAAUAAAUAAAGUAGGCAUGACGGUCAGCACAAAAAGGUUCAGGGAUUUUUCAUAAUGCAAGUCUGACACAUUUCACUAUUGGUUAGAAACAAAGUAUCAAUCCUAUUGCUCUAGUAUUGAUUCAACUCUAAUACCAGCAUUGGUAUCCAUGGAUGCAAGUCUGGUCAAAGUUAAAAUCACCAUAACUCAGUGGAUUUUCAAACAAUUUUCAAGUGGUUUUGUUUGGCAUUUUUUUCUGAUUUAAUUUGGUGUUUUCUGCUUUUCUGUGCUCUACACCACCCUUACUGGUUCUUGGGUCCCUCUGUGCCAAAACCAUAUAAAAUUUCCUGGAAACGCCUCUGUAUGUAACGGUCAUUGUAUUCAGUUAUUAGACUCACAGCACAUUAUUGGAUGAGAAGAUACCUCUAUGGUUAUACUGAUUAAAUGGUUUUAAAUAUCACUUUAGAAUAAAUAUAAAUAUACUUUAUAAUCAAUAGAGAAUAUUUACAGUUUAUAAAAGCAUUUCAUCAGAACUACAGUGUAUUUGUGUUUCUGCUAUGAUUUGAUUGCAUCUUUCUCUUAAUGAGUCACUUUAUAUACUGUUGAAUCUGUUGACAAUCAGAACUUGUUAACAUGUUAACAUUUUGUCAAAGUGAAUAUAAUAAAAGUCAAUAAAAACCAAGGCACCACAUUAUUAACUGUAAAGAAAUCUAUUUAAAACCUUCUUUGACUCGUAGCCUUUGAAACAGAGAAAGCUGCUCAAAUAGGUAGCAACACUGUCCCUUCCAGCUAAGGGCUAGGGUCUGUUGCUCAUGCAUCAACAUGUUGGAAAUGACCUCCUGGCAUCAGUUGAAAAUAUCAAUGACUGCAUAAAUGAUACAUGAUACAGAUCAUAGCAACAAUGAUGCAAUGAUGUGUUUUAAAAUGUGUUUCAGUGCAUGGAGCAGUGGCUAUGGAGGAAAAGGAACUGUCCCACAUGCCGUGUCUACGUAUCCAUGCUAAAGCCCCUCUAUUGGCCUUCUUGUCGCACCACCGUCCCAUAAUGGUCCUCCACCUACACUUGAAAUGCCUGCAUGUAUAUGUGACCCCAAGACCUCCUCCUCCCCAUCUCCACGCCUCGUUCUUUCUGCAUGAACACCCUCUGCAAAACUGUCUUCUGAGACAGGAGCUGUCAUUGGUUGGUGAUUAUUUAUAUAAGAGCUCUUGUAAAUUAAUGCACUAUCAGGGGAGGAUUAGUCUUUCUUGUUCUUAUUUUGUUUUUGUCCAAAAAUUACUCUAAACAAUUUCUAAUGACAUGCAGUUAGGUGGAGCAAAUAUCCUCAAAACUAACAAUAUUUUCUGGUAAUGAACAAAAUAAUCUGCCUGAAUUCUGCUGAGUUUGUGGUUGAAGUUGAAUAUUUCCAAGUUUUGAAGUGGAACUAAUUAAAUAAAAUCACAUCAUGAAAUAUAAACAAACAACCCAUAAAUUAGUCUUCUUACAGUAGGUAGCAUAUGAAUGUGUGCAUCAGUAGCAGCUGAAUUUUAGGGAUCAUAAGACCUGCCAUCUGAGUUCCACUGAGCACAUCUUUGGCAGGCUGUUUCCCCUCAGUUUAAAGCUUUGAUGCUAAGCUGACUAGUUUCUGACUCUGGUUUUAUAUUUAGCACAGAAAUAAGGGGAACGUGAAUAUUUUCCCAAAACCAUUCAUACACACAAUUUUUUUUUUUUUUACCACAUUUGACUGACAUCUUAUAAUAACCACAAGUUCCUGAUAUAGUUUUAAUUAAAAAUCUUGAAAACAGUCUUAAAAAAGCUGAAACACUGAGAGAAUCAACUGUAAGACAGGUGACAAAUUAAAGGAAAACCGUCACACCAGUGACCCACACACUGAAGGGGUCCAGUGGCUCUGUUUUGGUGCACUGAUUUGAGUCCAGAGAGCGUCACUGUAUAGCGAUACAAACUUUCUCUGACUGAUCACUUUUAUGCUACAAUGAAAGAUUUCUAUGCUAAUGCCACUUUCUACUCGACACAAGGGGUUACUGAAUGCUUUUAUUACUCAGAACAUGAUUUUAAUACUACAGAUCACAUGCCUGUAGAACACAUUUGGCACAUUUCUGACCAACAAGUUAAGCAGUGCUGUACACCAUAUGAGAGAAUGUCUUUUGGAAAGAUGAUGUUCAUCCAUUCAGUAUGUUUCAGAGGCUUCAGUCAGUGCUAAGGUGCAUUAGAAUCGCUCUGCCAGCACAUGGCAGCUCAAUACCUUAUUGAGAAGCAUGAAGUUAAUUUUCCUUCUUUGUCACCUGUCUGUAUGGGUUUUUUGCAUAUUCUGCUGAAGGUGGUUUGUGUAUCUCAGUCAAUGCUGAUUACCCAGUAGAGAAAUUCCAACAGCUCCAAUAGCAAUAGCUCUGCUCUGCUGUUUUGAAGGAGUGAGCGUGCACAUUUAUUUAUUGCCUGCAUUCACGAUGUUUUCUCUUAAGUUACAAAACUCCUCCCCUGCAUCAGUGUCAUAUCUUAUCGUACAUCUGCACCAUCUUCCUGCCUUACCUAAUUAGCUUUUGUUUUGCAUGUGACUUCUAUUCGAUCGUUUUCAAACAUCUCUCUUGUGCCGUGUGUUUUGCACUUCCAAGUUUACAGUAUGUACACAAAGUCCAACUAAAAAGAGCUGGCCUAUGUAUAUAUUUACCCAUGUAAAUAUGCAGUUAUAUAAAGGAUUACUCUGUAGUUAAUGAAAAUUAGAAUGCAAUUUUAAAAUGCUGCUAUAGCAGUUCAUUUAACCAGCAAAUGCUCAUAACUACUAUUAGAUUUAUGUGCACAGACACAAAACCUUUUGCACUCUGCAGAACAGUUAAAGGCUGUUGGGUUCAGUAUGCUUACACCACGGAGGUUAUGUGUUUAAUUACAUUUUCCAACCUUGUGCUUAAAAAGCUGAAAAGACACUAUGACCCUCAGCAGCACCAACUUCCAGCUGCUGUGUUCACUGUUUCCAUUUCACUGUUGUUUUUUUGCACUCUUGAAUAAAAACACACUGGAGUGAAA